AUGCCGCUCGAAUCCAUUCUCUCCGCCCUUCCCAUCCGCCUCCCCCACACCCAACAAGAGCGCCUCGGUCUCGCCCUCGGCACCGCCGCGUUCCUAGGAGCAACCACCUUCCUCCUCCCCGCCGCAAUCCGCGACUUCCGCAUCUUCAAAUCCUACGGGCCCGGUGGACUCCCCAAUAAUGUCAUCGGCUGGUUGACGGUGCGACUGCUCUUCCAGCCCUUCCGCGGGGAGAUGUUCGAUACGGAAGUAUACUCGCGUCGGAUCGAUGCGGCAGAGGGACACGGUGUGGACGAUGAGGGGUACUUGACGCUUUCGGAGGAACAGCUGGCUACGCGCUCGCCGGCAGAUAGGCCAUCAGUUGGUCCGCAUGUUGUGCCGCAGCGGCAGUUGACUCAGAUCCCGGAUAAGGAUGUACAAGAGAAAUUCCGCGCGAAAUAUGUUUCCUUCGGUCUGCGCAAUCAUCACCUCGUCAAGUUCGAGCGAUCGAACCUCGAGCGACAUGCCGACGCCCUUUUCCUGGCGGACCACCUCCCUAUCACGGACUUGGCCGUCACGAUGCAGGGUGAGGUUGCGCAUAUCCAUCAGGGCAAGGAUCACUCUGUGCAUCUCGUCAUGGCGCCUGCAGACUGCAAGAAAAUCAUCGAGGCAGGCUGGGGCCAACGGCAUGGUUUCUCCGGUACCUCGGCCAUGACGUUCCUCGCUCUGGGGACUUUGCCGAAUCUUCCUGCAGAGUAUAUUCUCAUUUAUGCGCCGCGGACGGAGGCAGAGAUUGAGAUCGUUAUGCAGAUCAUUGCUGCGAGUGUGAAGUUCAUGACUGGGCGAGCGGACACGCGGUGA